AUGAGGACCGACCACAAACCUCUUCUAAAGAUCCUGGAACAGAAAGAUCCAUUUGGACGAAGAGCGACAUUGAUGAGAAAUAAAGCAGAAUUCGAACCACGCAUAGAGUUUAUUCGAGGGCAGGAUAAUCACAUGGCAGAUGCUCUUAGUCGGAUCGGAUGGAAUGUCAAGUGGGAAGAGAGAGAUGAAGAUACUAGUAAAGUGGCUACUAUUGGUGGCUCUCAAGACGAGAUUAGUCCAUGCAAGGAUGUAAGGUUGGACAUAAAUGAUUUCAAAUUGCAGCAAGAACGUGACCCAACCCUUAAGCCACAUAUUUCCACUCACCGAAAGGAACAUGGUUUAUUCACACGAGAUCAUAAGAAGCAAGUGUUACUUCCAGCAGCGCUUGUUCCCACCAUAUUAUCAUUAGCUCAUGACGAAACAGGGCUCCAAGGAGCAGAUAAAAUGCUUGCAAGAAUUGAACCUCAUUAUUGGUGGCCAAAGAUGAAAGCAGAAGUAGAGAACUUUGCAAAAACGUGCCAACGCUGUGCUGCUACUCUUGCCCAGGGACAUUUGCGUUGA